AUGGCGGCCAUAAAGAACCGCUCCCUAGCACAGCCCGUUUCGGUUGAUCUGAGGCAUCACCUGAACGCACAUUCGAAAGCAAGACACCCAAGUCCGUUGAAAGAUAUUAUAAAGUUUAUGGGAUACGAUGGCAUGGUAAGCCUGGCGGGAGAAGGACUUCCGCAUCCAUCACUCUUCCCUUUUCAAAGUGCCACAAUUCAGACUUACCCAUAUGACAAAAAUCUCAGCACUCCAGAAGUUGAGAAACUUGUGGAAUGCAGUGUUGAUACUUCAAUAGGCUCGGGAACUGGAGAUCAAUCUCUUCGAGAUUGGGCUCACGAGUUCACCAAAACAGUCUUCAAACCCGCCUGUUCUGAUUUCGAGAUACUCCUGAAUUGCGGAAACACAGAUGGCUGGAACAAAAUCGUGCGUAUGUUAUGCGAACCAGGAGAUUUCAUCCUAGUUGAGCAGUACACUUAUCCAUCCGCUCAAGCUUUGUGGAUACCUAUGGGAUGCAUUGGAGUUCCAAUCAAGAGUGAUACUCAAGGGAUGAGUCCUGAGGAUCUUGAGAGUGUGUUAGCGAGUUGGGAGGAAGCGAGACCCGGGGUGAAGAGACCGCAUCUACUAUACCUUGUCCCGGUUGGUUCCAAUCCAACUGGUUUGACUAUGGAUGGUGAUCGGCGGGAGAAGAUUUAUGAUGUCUGCGUCAAAUAUGAUAUCAUAAUCUGUGAAGAUGAUCCUUAUUCAUUCCUUCAAUUCCCGGCCUGCAUUCACGGGGGAGAGGCGGCCUUGAAUCCGACGACACCCCAAGAAUACCUCGAUAGUCUUGUGCCGUCAUUCUUGAAAUACGAUACCCAAGGACGGGUUAUUCGUCUCGACACUUUCAGCAAGACCUUAGCACCGGGCAACCGGCUCGGGUAUUUCGUCGCAAACCCAUUGUUUACGGAGCGACUACUCCGAGCUACAGAAGUCGAAACCCAGUCUCCAAGCGGGUGGUCUCAGGCGAUCGCAAUGAGCCUUCUCAGCAAAUGGGGUAUAAUGGGCUAUGUUGAAUGGCUUUCCAACCUCCGAGGUCAAUAUUUCCUCAGACGUAACUGGAUGGCAUGUAACCCCUCCAAGCACGCAGGCUUAGUCGUUUUUUCCAAGGACGAUGCAACCCUCACAACUCCACUUUUCAGCUUCAUUCCUCCUAUGGCUGGGAUGUUUAUUUGGGCACGGUUUUACUAUUUUGGAAGCUCUAGGUUCAGGGUGUUGAAGGCGGACGAGACCUGUGUUGAUCCUGAAGCUGUAUUUGAAACUGAAAUUUGGGCCGAGAUGGCGAAAGCGUUGGUGUUGCUGACGCCAGGUUCGUACUAUGAACCCUGGCAAGGGAAGAAGAAGACUACGACCAAGAGUAGAUGUGGAGAGACCGGGAUCGGAUAUUUUCGGCUUGCUUACUCACUUGUGACGAAAGAAGAGAUGGAGCUCGGUAUAGAAAGAAUGGCAGCAGUUCUGGAAAAGGUCUUCAAAGGUGAAUCAAAUGUUUUGUAA